CACAAGCAUUCAACUUAUAAAUUUUUGUUGGUCUCAAUUUAUUUGGACACAACAUUUAAUUGCGAUGUCUACUUUGAAGGGAGAUAACAUUUCUUCUGUUUCUUCUGUGGAAACACCUCAAAAAUAUUUAAAUCUGUGGAAUGAUGAGUUUGUCCAAUCUAUGGAAACACCAUAUGGGGGAUCUGAAUACCGAGAACGUGUGGAAACACUGGUUAAGGAAGUGAAAAUGUUUUUAAAAGAAAUGCAAAUUGGAUUAGAUGGUGAUUUGAUCGAGCGACUUGAGAUGGUUGAUGCAUUGCAAUGCCUCGGAAUAGAUCGAUAUUUUCAGGCUGAAAUAAAAGAAGCUCUUGAUUAUGUUUAUGGAUGUUGGGAUGGAAGUGUGGGCAUGGGAUUAGAAUCCAGAAGUGUUACGAAGAAUUUGAAUGCUACAGCUUUAGGACUCAGACUUCUCAGGCUCCAUCGUUAUGGUGUAUCUGCAGAUGUGUUGCAUAACUUCAAAGAUAAAAGUGGGCAGUUCUUUUUCUCGGAAGGAAACAAUGAUAAUAAUCAGAAUAUUAUUGUAGAGGAAUAUGGGAUGCGAAGUAUUCUCAAUCUCUUUAGAGCUUCAAGUGUGCAAUUUCCAGGAGAAAAAGUUAUGGAAGAAGCUAAAAUGUUUAGUUCAACAUAUCUUAAGCAAAUAUUACAAAAAAAUGAAAAUACAUAUAAGAAAAGUUUUCUGAAAGAGGUGGAAUAUGCACUCUUGUAUGAAUGGACUCAUACCUUUUCUAGAUGGGAGGCACAAAAUUUCAUUGAAAUAUAUGAAGAGGACAAUUUCAAGUUAAAGGAUAACAAGAUUCUGGAAUUGGCAAAAUUAGAUUUCAAUACAUUACAGUUUGUGUACAAGAUGGAGAUGAAAAAAGUCUCUAGUUGGUGGGCAGAAUGCGGGAUCAUUAAAUUGAUUUCAAUUAGACAACGUCCGAUGGAAUAUUAUUUGUUAGGAGUUAGUGCUGCAGAUGAAGAGGAAUUUUGUAGUAGUAGAAUGGCUUUUACCAAAUCAACAACACUUCUUUCUUUAGUGGACGAUCUUCUUGAUGAUUACUUAACAUUUGAGCAAGCUGAACUUGUUGUUAGGUCUAUUACUCAAGGUUGGGAUAUUUCUAUUAUACAAGAUAUUCCAGUUGAUUUCAAGAGAAUUCUAGAAUUUAUUUUUCAAACAGUACAUGAAUUGGCAAAUGAGGCAACUGGAAAGCAAGGACGUGACAUGAUGCCAUUUAUUACAAAAGUAUGGGCAGAUUAUGCUGAAGCUAGUUUACAACAAGCACAGUGGAACAUAAGUAAACAUGUUCCAACCUAUAAUGAGUACAUGAACAUUGCAUCAACAACAGCAGCAAUUGGACCAUUAUUGUUGCACCCUCUUCUCUUGGCAACUCAACAUUUAGAAGACAACACUAUUCAAAAGACAUUUAAUAAUCAAUGCAGAUUCUAUGAGCUCAUAUGGAUGUCUUCACGUUUAAUUGAUGAUUUUCGUGAUUACCAGGAUGAUAAACUCCAUGGACAGACAGCCUCAGCAAUUUCCUGUUAUAUGAUAGAUCAUCCUGAAUGUUCAGAAGAAGAGGCAAUAAACCACAUCAACUAUAUGAUUGACCAAUUACUUAAAGAAUUAACAUGGGAAUUUCUAAAUCAAGAUAGUGCUUUGCUUGAUUGGGAAAAGAUAAGCUUCAACUUCAACAGAGGAUUGCAAUGUUUCUAUGCAUUUGGAGAUGGCUUUUCAUAUCAUGACAAAGGAAUCAAGAACCGGAUAAAGAAAGUUCUUGUUGAUCCAAUAAAAUUCUAAAAAGGUUAGAGUGUUACAUAAGUAGUCCCAAAGCCUUAUUCAAAAUACGAUGUAAUCUAUUUGGCUCUUGCUUUACUAUUUCUAUGACUAGUUUUGUUCCAAUUUUAGUUUUUGAUGGUUUGUGUUUCAAAUUUGUAAUGGGUUGGGGGCCUUCCUGUAGUACCCCUUCCCCGAUCAUACUAUUCACGUGUGUAUUUUGACUAAGUUUGACUUUUUAGUACCUUUGUAGACUGGUCAUGAUGUUUAUGUGCAACUAGUAUGCUAUCAUGAUGACAUAUGCUUUAAUGUGUGUGUGUUUUAGUUAAUGAUGAAUAUGCAUUAAUUUAUUGAUGAUGAUUAACUAUUGAUUUUAA